AUGGCCCCCGUCCCCAAAGACCGAAGCCGCGUCCGAAAGUGGGAAACGCGUCCGAAAGAUGGGGAAACCGCGUCCGAAAAAUCGAAACCCCCGUCCGAAAAAAUGGAAAACCGCGUCCCAAAGGGGGAAACCCCGUCCCAAAGAUGGAAGCCCGUCCGAAAAAUGGAAGCCGGUCCCAAGAUCGAAACGCGUCGAAAGACCGAAACCGGCCCCAAAGAUGGAACCGCGUCCCAAAAAUGGAAGCCGGUUCGAAAAAUCGAAGCGCGUGAAAGACCGAAGCCGCCCAAAGAUCGAAGCCGCGUCCGAAAGAUUGAAGCCCCGUCCGAAAACGAACCGCGUCCCAAAGAUCGAAGCCGCGUCCGAAAAAUCGAAGCCCCGUCCCAAAGAUCGAAAACCCCGUCCGAAGAUCGAAGCCGCGUCCGAAAAAUGGGAAACCGCGUCCCAAAGUUUGAAGCCGCUCCGAAAAGACCGAACCGCGUCCGAAAGACGGAAACCGCGUCCCAAAGACGGAAGCCCCGUCGAAAGAUCGAAACCGCGUCCCAAAGAUGGAAGCCGCGUCCGAAAGAUCGAAGCCGGCCAAAAGAUCGAACCCGCGUUCAAAAAGAUGGAAGCCGCGUCCGGGAAAGAUCGAGCGCGUCCGAAAGAUCGAACCCCCGCGUCCGAAAGAUCGA